AUGUCUCGAAUAGCAAGCAACCGCAAAGGAGCAGCGACAAAGUCGAUACCAACACAGGCUGCGCAGGGUCCAAGUACGGCUUGGGGCAACUUGACACCCGAAGUCUUUGUCAACGCCGCGUGGGAGAGGAACAUCGACCCAAUCAUUAUCGUGACAGCGGAAAGGAUCGAGCUGCAAGAUUUGAAAGGUGGCGUGAGUCGUUCUCUCCCUCAGAAGGCAGAGUUGAGGCUCGGACAGACUAUCGAAAAUAUUCAGGACAGUAGGUUGAAUGAAUGCUCCAGACUUGGUAGACUGCUGACGAGAAUCAGAUGCAUAUCAGGUGGCCUGGACCAAUUCCUCAAGCUUCACCAUGAAAAUCGGCUGCGAGACUUUGAAGGACAACACGAAACCAAGCUUCCAAGAGCCAAGAUUCCAGAUAAUAUCUUCAGCAUCGAUCACUGCGUCCUUCCGGUGCGAAUCUAGGGCGCGAGUAUCUAAGACCGUGCGGGUUCGCACUCUUGGGGGAGAGGCUGUGCUGCUGCACAGAGGUAGCCACAUGGACGUCGGCCAUUCGCCAAGUUUGGAUAGUGAGUGACAUAGGUAAUUUGAGACGGACCAGUUGACGCUGACCAGAUGUAGCUCGAAGAGUCCUCCGAUUUGGACAUGGCGCGGCUGUCUGCUUCGCUGCUCUGCAUCGGGACGUUUACGAAAGCCUGCGAAAGCUUUCUAUCCUUGGCAAGGCUGAUGGUAUAGAGGUGCCGACCAAUCAUGGCAUCACCGAUCUGACGAUGAGAACCCAAUACUCACGUGUCGGAAUAUCUGGCCAGGUCCUUUCAACAAAUGCACCGCUCACUGGCAUCGGAAGAGAUUGCAGGAAGAUCCAGCUUCGCAAGGGUGCGAGACUGCACUACCAGUGCAGCAGCGAUAUUGGCUCCUGUAAGGAAGACUCGUCAUCUCGACAUGGAGAGUGCUAACUGCUCGGACAGUAGAUCAUUUUCGCGACGAGAGAGGCCAGUCCGUCGCAUUCGAGUUUGCGACUUCGAAUGCGUCACUCGGUGUCGUAAGCAAGGAACAAGAUGAGCCUAAAGCAGCGACGGCGGGGCGCGAGGACGAGGUGGUUUGCCCAGAAUGCGGAAAAGACUGUAUCGAAUACGGUGCGAGCUGCAUCUUUGAAUUCAUAAAUUUGGAUGGCGAGAAGCGAUAG